AUGGGUAAAGGGGGAAUGUCAAUCGAUGAUGAUGUUGAACAACAGAAUAUGGCUGCUUGGCUUGUUGGUGUAAACACUCUCAAGAUUCAACCUUUCAGCCUUCCAGCUCUUGGACCUCAUGAUGUCAGAAUUAGAAUGAAAGCUGUUGGAAUCUGUGGGAGUGAUGUUCACUACCUCAAGACAAUGAGAUGUGCGGAUUUUAUUGUUAAAGAACCAAUGGUCAUUGGUCAUGAGUGUGCUGGGAUCAUAGAAGAAGUUGGUAGUGAGGUCAAGACUUUGGCGUCUGGUGACCGUGUCGCGAUCGAGCCUGGGAUUACUUGUUGGCGUUGCAACCAUUGCAAACUUGGUCGAUAUAAUCUAUGCCCUGACAUGAAGUUUUUUGCUACUCCACCGGUUCAUGGAUCCCUUGCUAAUCAGAUAGUUCAUCCAGCAGACCUAUGUUUUAAACUACCAGACAACGUGAGCUUGGAGGAAGGGGCAAUGUGUGAACCCUUAAGUGUCGGUGUUCAUGCUUGUAGGCGAGCUAAUAUUGGACCGGAAACAAAUGUGUUGAUUAUGGGAGCAGGACCUAUUGGACUUGUUACAAUGCUUUCGGCUCGUGCAUUUGGGGCACCUAGGAUUGUUGUCGUGGAUGUGGAUGACCAUCGUUUAUCUGUUGCAAAAAGUCUUGGCGCAGACGAUAUUGUUAAAGUUUCAGCAAACAUUCAGGAUGUAGCUGAAGAAGUUAAGCAAAUAAAUAAUGUUAUGGGAGUUGGUAUAGAUGUUACCUUUGAUUGUGCUGGUUUUAACAAAACCAUGACUACAGCAUUGACUGCUACUCUACCAGGUGGCAAAGUUUGUCUCGUCGGAAUGGGUCAUUCUGAAAUGACUGUGCCACUCACACCAGCUGCUGCAAGGGAAGUUGAUGUUAUUGGCAUUUUCCGCUAUAAGAAUACAUGGCCUCUUUGCCUGGAGUUUCUGAGGAGUGGCAAAGUUGAUGUAAAACCCCUUAUAACUCAUAGGUUUGGAUUCUCGCAAAAGGAAGUGGAAGAAGCCUUUGAAACAAGUGCUCGUGGCGGUAAUGCUAUUAAGGUAGGGAUGGUGAAAAAAAAUAUUAACUAA